AUGGGAACGAAGGGUUUCCACGGAGGCUCGGGUCCUAACGACCAGGGUUUGACUCGCAAGCACAUCACCGAAGGCUUGAAGGCGUCGCUCAAGCGGAUGGAUCUGGAGUACGUCGAUAUCCUCUACUGCAUUCGACCGGACCCGUACAUGCCCCUCGAAGAGACUGUGCGAGCCAUGAACUACGUCAUUGAACGGGGCUGGGCCUUUUACUGGGGCACCAGCCAGUGGCCUGCACCACUCAUCAUGGAGGCGUGUGAGAUCGCUGACCGUCUUGGUCUCAUCCGCCCAGUAGUGGAGCAACCCAUCUACAACAUGCUCAAUCGCUCGAGGGUGGACCAUGAAUAUCUUCACUUGUACAAGAAGUACAAGCUGGGCCUGACAACUUGGGCUCCUCUUUCGAGUGGAAUUCUCACGGGCAAACAUUCCAACGGGACAGUCAAGGGAACACGUAUGGACAUCCCCGUGAUGAAGGCGUUCGUGGGGGAGUAUGAACAACGUGUGGCCAACUCUGACAAGCUGAAAUCUGUAGCCGAGGAGCUAGAAGUGUCACUGCCGGAACUUGCCAUCGCCUGGUGCGUCAGCAACGAAAACGUCUCGUCGGUCCUCAUCGCAGCCAGGAACUUGGAGCAACUGAAGCAAAACUUGAAGGCGCUGUCGGUUGUGGACAAGGUCACACCGGAGGUCAAGGCCAAGAUUGAAUCUCUUGUGCCGUUCGUGCCGGAGGUCGCGAAACCCGAUGGAACGGAGAAGCGUCGUACCAAGUUUCUGUAG